ACAUUUUUCGUCUUCCCAUAAACAUUUUAGUUCUUCAACAAAUCAAGUUGUUUAACCUUUUAGAAGAAAUUAAAACCUUAUUUUGUCUUUUUUGAAGAUUAUCAUUAUCAUGAUCAUGUUUUUGUCUCGAGAAAUCACAUUAAGACGAAAAGCCAAAUAAUUAAGAAGAUCUGAAGGCAAAAUAGUCGAGUUUAUGUUCACUCUCUUUUAUUUAUAAAAAUUAGCCGCAAAAUACUCUUAUCAUCACCCAUUAACUAGAGAGUUUUUGUGCCUUGUUUUCUUUUCUUUUUACCAAUUUUAAAUUAAAUUUUUGGCUAUAUAUAUUAUACCUAAUUAACACUUUUGAUUAUUGUUUCUGGCAGAUUUGCUGAUAAAACCUAAAAACCAAAGGUUAAGACUUUGUUCUCUCGCUCGCUUCUUCGAGUCGUUUCAUAUUCCCUUUCAAUUCUUUCAAGUUUUAUGUAAUUGGGGUUAUCUUAUUCUUGGGUGGAUGAUUUUAUGAAACUUUUCUAGGAGAUAAUUGUUUACGUUUUAUUUAAAAAUGGCAGCUUCAAGCGGCUCUGGUUUGGAAGGUCAGAAACAUGACCUCAGUUCUGACAUGGAGGAAGACAUGGAUCUAACGGAAGAUGAUUUCAGAAAUGUCUCUGGCCAGUUUUCAGGGGAAACAUCGAGAGUGGAGGAUGUUAGUUCUAAAUCUGGUGUUAAAAGAUCCAGAACAACCUUCGACGAACAGCAACCUUCAGUCCAUGUUACUUAUAAACACUUAACAAGAGCUAGUAAGCAGAAGCUGGAAAGUUUAUUACAGCAAUGGUCAGAAUGGGAGGCAGAACAAAAUUCUUUGUCCGAGGAUCAAGAACAACAAGUACUAGAAUCUGGUGAUGAGACAUAUUUUCCUGCUUUGCGUGUGGGAUUGCAGAAGACUUCAUCUGUGUCAUUUUGGCUCGACUAUCAAACUGGAGACAAUUCUUCGAAGAAGUUAGUUCCUGUGGAAAGUAGCACCACCCCUCUUUAUAACCGUGGAUUUACAAUUGGUUUAGAUUCAGCCGGUGGUUCAAAUAACUUGGAAGGAGGCUUGGAGAUUAUUGAUGAUCCUCCACGCUGCUUCAAUUGCAGCGCAUACAGUCAUUCCUUGAGAGAAUGUCCGAAGCCUUUUGAUCGAUUAGCAGUUAGUAAUGCUCGGAGGCAACAUAAAAGCAAAAGAAAUCAGAAUCCUGGAACCCGUCUACCGUCCCGAUAUUAUGAGAGCCCUCAAGUUGGUAAAUAUGAUGGCUUGAAGCCUGGCUCACUUGAUCCAGAGACACGACAGCUUCUUGGUCUAAAGGAACUCGACCCUCCUCCAUGGCUACACAGAAUGCGAGAGAUUGGAUAUCCACCAGGAUAUUUUGCUGUCGAAGAGGAUCAUCUCUCAGGAAUCACUAUAUUUGGUGAGGAAGAGACUAAAAAAGAAGAGGAGGAAGUUAAGAUUGAGGACGGUGAAAUCUUGGAAAAUGCAAACCCUCAAGAGCCAAGAAAGAUAAUGACAGUUGGGUUUCCCGGGAUUAAUGCACCCAUUCCAGAAAACGCAGAUUCGUGGCUAUGGGAACAGAGGAAUAACACAGCACAUAGUUAUUAUCAUGAUCACCGUCGACCACAGGACUAUAGAGACCAGACAGGCCCUCCAGGUGUUGCACUGUCUUCGAGCUAUCCUCCAAGGUAUGGCAUUAGAUAUGAUCACGGGUUCGUUUCAGGACUAAGAAGCCCGGGAUCCGAAAUAUCGGAAUCAGAAAGAGUUAAGAGCUAUCAUUACUCUUUUUAUGAUCCAAACUUCAAGUAGAGGGAGGCUAGUAGUGAUUCAUUUAGAUCUAGCAGCAGAAGAUGUAUUAAUUAGUGAGUGUGGGAUGUAAUGGUGUUGUUUAGGGAUUAAGUUUUAACAUCAGUAUCCAAUUUUUGCUCGAAGUGAUCCAUUAGUUAAGAGCUACCCGCACUAUAGGAUGAAACAUUCAGGCCGAAGCCAAGUGGUCUAUGCACAAUGUUUGUUCGAACCAAAAGCUAUGUCCGUGGCCUUAAAAUGGUUAUGCUAGUUUGGUGUUGUAACAUGUCCAUCAAUGUGUAAGCCUUUUUGUUUUGUUUUA